AUGGCGCAGCGAAGAAUUAAGAUGGACCAAAAGAAAGCCUGCUGUCCGAUCUGUCUGGAUUUACUGAUGGAUCCAGUGACCAUUCCCUGUGGACACAGCUACUGUAUGAACUGUAUUCAAGUUUACUGGGACAAAGAGGAUCAGAAGGAAUCUUCCAGCUGUCCUCUGUGCAGACAGACCUUUGGAUCGAGGCCUGUCCUGGUGAAAAACACCAUGUUGGCAGACUUAGUGGAGGAAGUGAAGAAGACUGGACUCCAACCAGCUCCAGCGGAUCACUGCUAUGCUGGACCUAAAGAUGUGGGAUGUGAUGUCUGCACUGGGAGAAAGCUGAAAGCUGUCAAGUCCUGUCUGCAGUGUCUGGUCUCUUACUGUGAGCAACACCUCAAGCCUCACUAUGACUCCCCUGCCUUUAAAAAACACAAGCUGGUCGAUCCCUCCAACAAGCUUCAUGAGAACAUCUGCACUCGUCACAAUGAGGAGAUGAAGAUUUUCUGCCGCACUGAUCAACAGUGUAUCUGUUAUCUUUGUUUAAUGGAUGAACAUAAAGGUCACGACACAGUUUCAGCUGCAGCAGAAAUGACUGAGAGGCAGAAAGAGGUCGGGGUGAGUCAACAAAAGAACAGAGAGAAAGAUGUGAAGCUGCUUCAGCAGGAGGUGGAGGCUGUCAACCGCUCGGCUGAUGAACUUUCAAAUACAGAGGACCGCACCCUGCUUCUGCAGAACCAGCUCUCACUGUCAAAUCUCACUCUCAAGCCAAAAACCAGAGCUAGAUUCUUACAAUAUUCACGUCAAAUCACACUUGAUCCAAAUACAGCAGACACAAAGCUCUCAUUAUCUAAUGGGAACAGAAAAGCAAGAGUGAUGGGUGUUUCUGGAUUUUCACAGUUGGCAAUGUCACUGCAGUUUCAAUAUUGUGAUCCAUGUAUUUACAAAGACAUCUGCAAUCUUCAGGUUCUGAGCAGAGAGAGUUUGACGGGAAGAUGUUACUGGGAGGUGGAGUUUAGUGGGCGUUAUCUUUCAGUAGCACUCACAUACCCACAAGUGAGAAGAGCAGCAUAUGAGAGUGUAUUUGGGACCAAUGACAAGUCUUGGGCUCUAUAUUUCUUGAGAAAUCGUUACUAUUUCAGACAUAACAACAUCAAAACUCCGAUCCCAGGUUCUCAAUCCUCCACAUUGGGAGUGUACCUGGAUCACAGCGCAGGUAUUCUGUCCUUCUACAGCGUCUCUGAAGCCAUGACCCUCCUCCACAGAGUCCAGACCACGUUCACUCAGCCUCUCUAUGCCGGACUAUUUGUUGGUCAAAAUUCCACAGCUCAACUCAUUUAGACAGAAAUUGGGUGAAUGGGUGAUGUUCUAUUUUGCAUUUAAACAUUUUUUUUCUCUGUCCUCUGGCUUUGAUUCACUGUUGAUAGUGUUUUAGUAAGUUUUAGUUGCCUUAAGAAGCAUUUUUAUUUUACAUAGACUUCUUGCAAUCCAGUAUAUUGAAAUUAUUUUCUGUCUAAUGUAUGAAGCCACAGCAGAGUGUUAUAUAAUAUCCAUCAAAUGCAACUGUCAGGUUAAUCAAAUAAUUGUUAGUUACAUCUCUAUUUAAAAUUUUAACUAAUAUGUAUAAAACCUACAUCAUAUUCAUCUUCAUCUGUUUUGAUACUGGUUGAAGUUUGCCGCACAAUGAUGACUUGCUGGUUUUAACAGAAUGAUUUAGUGGAUGAAGUGAAAAUGUAGGUAAAAAGCAUGAACCAGUCUUAUAUCAGGAUUAACUGAGUGUUUGUGAACAAAAAAAAUCAUCAAUAAAGUCUGAAAAGCAUGAAAUGUAGUGUAUAUUGGACUGUUGUACUUGA